UGUUAUUGUUUUAAUGCAUGUGAAAUACAUGUAAAGUAAAAAAAUAAACAGAGACAUUGGCCAUCAAUAUGGCAACGAGUACGACAGAUGACAUGCCAACCGUCUUGGAUACCAUUGAUAGUCACUUAACCAAAUCGUGCCAGUACCCAAUUCCAGUACUGGAAAACACAGUCAAUAUGGAUAAUUUACAAGUACCAAGAAAACGUGUCACGUCUUUUAAAAUAUUAAAUGAAGAUGACUUGGAUAUAUAUCUACAUGAAGACAUCAGACCAAGAACGCGUAGUAUGCCUACAAGAGGCACCAUUAAAAGGCCCGACACACUGCAAAGAGCACUCUUUAGGUUGAGAAAGGACGCUGAUGAUGACACUUAUAAAGUAAGGUCUUUUGAAAUUAGUUCAAAGGGGAUAAUAACAAAGCGGAUGGAUUCCCAAAGGUCAAGGAGUACAAAUAGUCUUGACUGUUCACGGGUUGACUUUUAUUCCCUCCUUUCUCCCAGAACCAGUACAAUCUCACAGGAGGACAUAAGUAUUCUCUGGUCAGCGUUACAUCCAACCAGGAUCAUGGUUCUUGGGCAACCCGGCGUUGGAAAAACUGGACUUACACAACAAUUUAUGACGUUGGAAUAUUUGGGAGGGUUUAACACCAGCGUUGGUGAGUCAUCAAACAUACUUUUAUUUGUAUAUUGUAAUUGCAUCGGUCUUCUUGUUAGCAAGAUAAAUCCAUAG